AUGAGCGAAGGCCACCCUCCCGAACGGAGAAAGGUUAUGGACGGGAAGUUGUCAUUGAAGUUAGACGGCGGCAGGCGUGUACGAGGAGUACUGCGGGGCUUUGAUCCCUUUAUGAACCUUGUGGUUGAUGAGUGUGUGGAGAUGGGAAACAGUGGGCAACAGAACAACAGUGGGGUGGUGGUCAUCCGAGGAAACAGCAUCGUCAUGUUAGAAGCCUUGGAAAGAGCCUAAUCAGUGUUCCACAGUGUGUCCACAUCCCUCCCCAAAGGCGUGCUGGAUUGUGAUGUAGAAUUAGGUUGUGUACAUUUUCUUUUUCUUUUUUUUAAUCUAUUUUUUAAAGAUUUAUUCAUUUAUUUUAUGUAUAUGAGUACACUGUUGCUGUCUUCAGGCACACCAGAAGAGGGCAUCAGAUCUCAUUACAGAUGGUUGUGAGCCACCAUGUGGUUGCUGGGAUUUGAACUCAGGACCUCUGGGAGAGCAGUCAGUGCUCUUAACUGCUGAGCCAUCUCUCCAGCCCAUGU